UAUUUAUAAUGCGUUUCUGUUUAUCCGGUUUAUUUUACAUACAUACAAACUGCACAAGUUAGUAAACAAACUUACAAACACCUAAAUCUACACACUGACGUAAGCACAGUCACGGUACUGAAGCUGGAGCUGGAGAUUACUCGGAAAGUUCAUCAUGAAGUGACAGGAAGCUGAGCAUGGCCAGCCUAGAGAGCUCGAAUCCCAUGUUUGAUAGAGAAGUCCCAGAGGAUGAGAUGCACUCAGCUGUGAAAGCAAAUGACUGCAGCAGAUUACAGCAGCUGAUACAGGCCGGUCACAGUGUCAAUAAGGAGAGUAUCGACCUGGUCCGACCUCUACACGAGGCCUGCUUCCAAGGCUAUAUUGACUGUGUAAAAAUAUUACUAGACAAUGAUGCUGAGCACUUGUGGCAAGAAUAAGGAGAGAACUAGGAUAAUCAAACCUCAUACAUAUGUUCCCAUGGUGAAUGUGAGGAAUAUUGAUGGAGCCACGCCUCUUUGUGAUGCAGCCAGCAGUGGUCAUGUGGACAUAGUCAAGCUUUUGCUGGAGCGAGGGGCAUAUGUGAACCCCCCUCUUCUUCUAUCCUCUCCUCUCCAUGAAGCCACUCUCAGAGAUAAGUGGGAGACAGUGGAGGUGUUGGCAAUGGCAGGUGCUAAUCUGAACUCCUCUGACUGUCACUUCGGAACUCCUCUUCAUGUAGCAGCAUGUCAAGGCAGUGUUAAUUGUGCCCAGAGUCUGUUACAAGCAGGUGCUUGUGUAAACUCCAUUAAGAGUCUGAACACCCCCCUACAUGAGGCAGCCCGCAGACAGGACAUGGCCUUCAUACUCCUCUUGUUGAUGUAUGGAGCAGACCCGACCGCACGGAAUAACAACGGACUGAGGCCGAUUGACCUAGUUUCCAGCUCUACACAUCCUGCUAAACAAGUCCUGCUCCAGUGGGAGAGUAACCCACGGGAUCUUAGACAUUGCUGCCGCCUAGUGAUCAGACGUUAUUUGGGCACCGGAAGACUCAAAUUCAUAAAGGAACUUCCGGUCCCCAAACUCCUCCAUCAGUACUUGGAUUUCCGGUGUAACUUUUGAUGGACUGAAACCUCUCUCGUGCCAAAUACAUUGUUAAUGUUCUGUUGUUUGUCUAAUAAAAUGAUGUUAUAAAAUU